CAUUUUGCCUUGUUCAUCACUACGAGAGUCCGAGCCGAGGGCUGAUCUCGAACACUCAGUGCACUACAUCAUAUCCACUAAUUGCACCAUCUGUGGAGUGUUGUUUUUUUCUUGUUUUACAAACCCUCCAAUUGCUGUACUUAGUAGAUGGGCUCGCUUAGCCUGCUAGCUUACUCCAACUGCUUCACCAACUAGUUUUCUAAGUUGGAGGAAAAAACUUCUGAGAGACACAGCGGAGGACACGGACACACUCUGAGUAUUGUAGAGUUUUGACGUGCGGGCUUACUUCGUGGUUAUCAUUACCACUUUGUUACAGUUUUCAUUUUUUGUCCCUGCGUCUGAAGGGGGGAGGAAAAGGAGGUGGACCCACACGCUCAGUCGCCGGUCUCGUGGCUUCUUUGUAUACAGGAGCAGCUGUGUGUAAAUGCAUGGGCACACAGCGUCUACUGCUGCUUGACGGACAGCCUAUUCGGCUCAGUCCAACAUUCAUGUGGGCUUCCUCAGAGAUGAAGCGGCUGAACCAGGUGUAGAGGAGGAAUAUCGGAACUUUACCAGAGCCUCCCCCCCCACACACCCCAACGCAGUGUCUCUUUCACCCCUACAAAGCUUGGGUCAGUUUUACCGCCUCUCUUUCUCCGUCUCUCUCUGUACGCUGGGAUUGUAAACGGCAGAAACAAAUUGAUCUCCGUGUAGAGUAGGCUACAGCUACAGCUGCGCGGCUCCCUCACACAUCAUGGAUGUAAGAUUUUAUCCGACUGCUGGUGGGAAUUCUAUUCCAGGAGAACCACCAAACCUGGAUUUUGCCCACUGUUUGGGCUACUACAACUUCAAUAAGUUUCAGAAUAACAACAACUACAUGAACAUGGCGGAGGCGAACGGUGCCCUGCUCGCUGCUGGUGAUACUUUUCAUACACCCAGCUUGGGAGAUGAGGAGUUUGAGAUUCCUCCCAUUACACCUCCACCUGAGACGGAGUCUGGUCUGGGUCUAUCGGAAGUGGACUCACCUUUCCCAGCAAUGCCGGAGCCACCAGUUCCUCACAGGGGUCUCUUAAUCCCUCAGUUCCCCCCACAGAGCCUGGAUCUGCCCUCUAUUACCAUCUCACGCAACAUGAUGGACCAGGAAAGAGUGUCUGUCAACAACGGCCAACCGGGGAAUGUUGGAGCAGGCCAUCUUCGCCAGUACCUGCCCAAUCCAGCCAUGGUGAUGAAAUCCAUCAUCAACAUGAACAGCCCCAACGGGAUGUUAUCACGGAAUCAGCUAACCACCAUCAACCAAUCCCAACUCAACGCACAGCUGAGCCUAAACAUGGCAGGACCCAACAUCACCCAUACUUCCCCAUCACCGCCUGCCAGCAAGUCCGCCACGCCGUCUCCCUCCAGCUCCAUCAACGAAGACGACCAGGACGAAAGCAACAGGGUCAUUGGGGAGAAGCGACCAGCCCCCAUAGAUCCCGCAAAGAAGCCCAAGACUCCUAAGAAGAAAAAGAAGAAGGAUCCCAAUGAGCCUCAGAAGCCAGUGUCGGCGUAUGCCCUGUUCUUCAGAGACACCCAGGCCGCUAUCAAGGGUCAGAAUCCCAACGCCACAUUUGGAGAGGUGUCCAAAAUUGUGGCCUCGAUGUGGGACGGUCUGGGAGAGGAGCAGAAGCAGGUUUACAAAAGCAAAACAGAAGCUGCCAAGAAAGAAUAUUUAAAAGCCCUCGCCGCAUACCGUGCUAGUCUGGUUUCCAAGGCUGCAGCAGAAUCAGCUGAGGCUCAGACUAUCCGCUCAGUACAGCAGACCCUGGCCUCCACCAGCCUGUCCCCCGGCCUGGUGCUGCCUUCCCCCCUCAACCAGCACCCCUCCAUGUCCAUGUCAUCCGCUUCCCAGGCGCUGCAACAAGCCCUGCCACGGGCCAUUGCCCCAAAACCUCUGCAGAUGAGACUAGGGGGCAAUCAGAUAGUGACCUCGGUUACAGUCUCCCAUCAGAACAUGUCCUCCGGGAUGCCACCGCAGCUGCUCGGCCAGAUGGGCGCCGGAGGGGGCAUGGUGGCCGGGGCCCAGUCCACAGCGGUGUCUCAGAUGAGCCCGCCGAUGCAACCGGUGCAACAGCAUGCGAUGCAGCAGCUCCAGCAGCAGCAGCAGAUGCAGCAGCACCUCCAGCACCAUCAGAUGCAGCAGCAGCAGCUGCAUCACCAGCAGAUCCAGCAGCAGAUGCAGCAUCAGCAUUUCCAACACCACCUCCAGCAACAGCUGCAACAGCAGCAGCAGCAGCAACAACAGCAACAGCAGCAACAGCAACAGCAGAUGCAGCUUCAGCACAUGCAGAUGCAACAUCAGCUCCAUCAGCAGCAGAUUCAACAUCUCCAACAACAGCAACAGCAGCAGCACCAGUCCCAGUGUUCCCCACCCCAACACUCUCCCGGUACACCCCAUUCAGUGGGAGGCUCAGCAUCGCUCGGCAGCCCCCAGCCGGCUCCACAGCAGCAACCACACCCCUCCCAAAUCCAGGCCCACGCCCAGGUCCUGUCCCAAGUCAGCAUUUACUGAGCCAAAUGGAAAUCCUACGUCAAAGAACAGGAAUAGAAUAAAAGCAUCAUUCCACGUUGCUUUUUCAAAGUUGCACUUAAGAAGUGUGUAAGACUUAGAAUGUUAUACAAAGAACUUUGUCCAUUGUUAUAGACGGAUAUGCACACGCGUGUACAGGGGGUGAACAUGUUAACUGGGUUUUUGUCUAUAAAAUAGGCUGAGCUAUGAUAGAAGCCUGUGAUUGUUUAUUUGUUUGUUUGUGAGGUCUUUCAGUUGUCAAUUUAAACUGACUGGGCACACUAUAUGUUGAAAGACUUUUGUCUUUCAAUGUUUUAUUUAACAAUAAAGCUUUAUUUAUGAGGCCAGAGUUGUCAGUUCAGUGCAGCAAAAAGGACAUUUUUGAAAGUGUUUCAACAAAAGGAUUUCUAUCAGCUCUUGCCUGGACUGAAUGACUCAUAGAAUCCUUGCUGGAAACCAGUAACCCCCCCACUCAGUCUUUGUUCCCACAUUGGCCAGUAUAUAGCGAGACUUUCUUUACUUCAACCUUUCUCUUUCACCCAUCACUCUCGCAAAUGAAACUGUUCAACAAUGGCGUGGAGGAAAUGUUUGAUCAAAUCCUCACACAUCAGAGGCCCAGCGAUAUUUGAACACAUGUCGCAGACAAUGUCUUUAAGAAUAAGGAGAAGUGAAAAUACGAAGUCUAGGGACACAGAUCUCUAGAUGAAUGACUGCACAGACUGAGAGAGAAACUGCCAUAAAUCAUUUAUUUCAUCACGUCAUCAAACUGUAGCUGUAAUCUGCUGUACAUGUUUUGUGGAGUGGGAAGAGACAAGACCUCCUGUAUCCAGUAAUCUACCCUCCAGAUGAUAUAUCCAAAAGCGUGUAACUGGCACUUCCCUGCCCCCCCCACCCAAAAAAAUCUUCUUUAAUCUAUUUGUUUUUACUUCAGAUCUUUAACAAUUAAAUUAUGUUUUUAUUUUGUGUAAUAAAGGGGAUAUUUUAUGGUUAAUACAAAUGAUCGGGUCAAGGCAGACGGUUUAGGGAUUGAUGUAUUUUUACUCUGCUCCUUGAUACGUCAUUGUUUAAAAAAAAGGAAAACUAGCAGAGACCGUUGUUUGCACUGCCAAAGCCAACUGAAAAGGCAUCGGAGGUAUUUUUGCCAGUUGUACAGAAGUCCCUGGGGGAAAAAAAAGAAAAUGUUGUACAUUUUUCAUAUCACCCGUUGUAAAGUUUUAAUAUGUGAGGCUUUAAUUAAAACAUUGUUAAACGACCUGUGGAUUGCUAUAUCACAUAGUAUAUCAAAUAGUGCAUUUCUGCUCUUUUAUACUUUUUUAUGAGUUACAAUGGCAGCGGUUUAUUUUGUUUGUAUUUUGCUUACAGACCAAAUGCUUUUGAAAACUGUCAAUAGAAUAAAUGCAUAUUGCUAUGGAGUUCUUAGAAGGUUGUUUUCAGCUCCCAAUAGGAAAAGUAAUUCAAUGUUUUGAGUUUUUGCUCGGCCAUGAAGACGAAUCCAGAGACAUUCCAUCACUAAUAUGAUAGUAGCCAUAAUUUUGUAUGAAGUAUUAUAUAUUUCUUUGUGUCUCUGUUCAGAAUUAAACUAUCAAUCACAAAUA